UACCAGCCGUGUGCCAGCACCGCGGUGGCAGUCUCGAGUCAUAAAUUGAGUGUGAGCACAGGGCUGGAGUCACAGCUUCUCCAGCUGUCCAGAGUCUCAAUGGAUUUAUGCCGCUACAGCUUUUGAUCCUAAAUGUGCAUUAAAUAAAUGCUAAAGGUUGCGGUAGAAAACAUGUAGGCAUCAGAGUGUACUUCGUCAGCCGAAUCAUUGCGAUGUUACAAGGAGUUUGCUGUUGUCUGUCCUUUAUGUCUGUGUGAUGGCUUUGACCUAACAGAGGAGUUCAUCUAAUGCCUGAGGACAGACAUCAAACCAUACGGAGAGAGAUGUUUGUGUGUGUUGCUCUCAUGUGCACUUGAAGAGGGGCUGUCAUAGUUCCUUUUAAAACGUUAUUUGUUUUUCAGCUCUGUUACUUUUUAAAACCUUGUAUAAGUACACAGAAAGCAAUCAAGCAUGCUGUCUUGCCAUUCAUCCAAAAAUAUAUGCCUUAAUAGCCCAGGUUAAGAAGGAAAUGGCAAGCAGGCUAUCUUUCUCUCUUGGUGAGCUUCUGCUAGUGCGUUAGGCUAGGCAGUCGACGUUAUCUGUGCGGAUGGAUUGCUUCCCCUCAAAGGGGUUGCCCAUUUUGAUCCCUUGUGUUGUGUUGCCGGUAUGUUGAUACAGCUCUUCUGUAAUUUUGAUUUGUUUUUAAAAGCUUAUUUUAAACAGAAGAAAAACAAGAAAUGAAACAGCUUGUUCUAAAGAAGAUACCUGGAAUGUGAAGUGUGAUGCUAGCUCUUAGCUUUUGUGCGGAGGAUUCAGGGUUUCUGUCUGUUUCAGCUUACUUUCAACAGCAAUUACAAUAUGCUGCAGCGGUGAAGAGCAACACUGUUCAGUUCAUGAAUUUAAGAAAUGCAGGAACUCUGAAUGAUACAAGCUCUUUAGAUGAGACCACUUACGAAAAACUGGCUGAAGAAACACUGGACUCCUUGGCAGAUUUCUUUGAGGACCUAACAGAUAAGCCUUUUACACCAGAAGAUUAUGACGUUUCUUUAGGGAGUGGAGUUCUAACAGUUAAAUUAGGUGGAGACAUGGGAACAUAUGUAAUCAAUAAGCAAACACCAAACCGGCAGAUUUGGCUGUCCUCACCCACUAGUGGGCCCAAGCGCUAUGACUGGACUGGACGGAAUUGGGUAUAUUCUCAUGACAGAGUAUCCCUGCAUGAACUUCUCUCAAAAGAAUUUUCAACAGCGUUAAAAACGAAAUUGGAUUUGUCCUGCUUAAUAUAUUCUGGGAAAGAAGAUACUUGAUGAUAUUCUACCUCAUGAAAGUUUAAAGACUUGAACCACAAGCCAAGCCCUUCGUUGGUUUCUGAAGUACCUGAGCUUAAUUCUGUUGUUGUUUUUCAUGACAUCACUAUGUUGUGCAACAAAAAUGAAAAUAAUAUAUUUUUCUCUAGUGCUCAGUCUUUGGGUUUCUGUGUCACUGCUUGCACCUGUGUCCAUGCAGUACGGGUGGUUGAGGUCUCCCUUGCUGUCACUGCAUUUCUUACUUUCUUACUGCAGAAGUCUGAAUUCUUAGUCUCUCUAGUCUCGUUUAGAGGUAAGGAUUGACGCAGCUGGUGACUUCUGACGAGCACACAAAUGCUCAACUUCUUUUGGUGAAGCUUUCACCCAAAAAAAGAAACUCCUGCAAACUGCAUUGACGUAAGUUGUGGUACUGGGAAUACACUGCAUUAAAAUUUGUGACUCUUGUGAGUGAAUAACACAUGACAGUCAAAUUGAACACAUCAUAAAUUAAAUUACUGUGGCAAGUAGAAACUUCUCAUUUUGUGUAAUGCAUGUAGUAAAAGUUUUUCUCUAAGUAUUGCAGAACUUGCACUUUUCUCCAAAUUGUAAAUUCUACUUUCUUUCACGUGAGGAUUUUUUUUGAGCUAAAUUUUAAAAUACUUAGAAGUCUGUGUGAUUGGAAGCAUCUUAUGGAAGUGGAAAGGCUGGCAAGUGAUGUUUAAGCUGUGCAGCAGUAUCUGCAAACACUUCAUUCUUUUACUGUGAAGUUCUCUUUCUGUUACCUUUAUUUCUUCAAAAAGUAAAAUACAUAAUUUAUUGAGCUUUUUUGACUUAGUUGAGCAGAUUAAGAUCCUCCCAUGGUAGCAAAAAUUAGUACUAUUUGUUUCACUGCAUUUCUUGAGUAAGUGGGGCACAGGCUAUCUUUUUUCACAGUGAUACAACACUGCUCCCCCUAGUACCGCGCAGAUGCAGAAACUUCCACCUUUUUUCUUCUUAGAAUUGAGUAUGGUACUUAUGCUGAUGAAGCUGUCUUUUUCAGGCUGUUAAAAAAUGAGAGUGAAAUAAAUUACAUACUCCGCAUCUUAAACCAAAAACACUCUAAGAGAAAUCAUGGACUGGAAGAAGAACACUUCAACACAUGCAUGGUUGUAUUAUUACCACUGGUGGUUUUUAAUUGCCUGUAAAAUGGAAGCACAAAGUUGUUGACUGAUUCUUAAGGAAACAGUUACACCAUACUCUCAUAAUUUUUUAUCAAUGUAUGUAAAGAUGUUCAGUGCAAACUAUUUUUCUUCUUGGUUCGUCUGAUGCUUGUGGUUAGUUUGGUGUGAUCCUCUGCCUAGCUAGAAUUAUUACAGAUGUGAUUCAUUGUGUCAUUGAAAAGCAAUAGCUAUAUAGUAUUGUUGUCCAGUAUUUGCAUUUAAAGUAUAGGUGUUGUUACCCACUAUUUCCCACCAUAUAAAUAGAAAGUAACAUUUAACUGGAAGUAGCUGUUGGUUAAUUGUGCAUACUGUUUGCAUGUUUUUAAAUCAAAAUAAAAAGUUGCCUUUAGCUACA